AUGAUCAGUAUAGUUUCAUGGGUUGUUAUACUCCUGGGCGCUGCUGAGGCACAGCAGCUGUACAUAACGACGACAGGCUAUCCUGAUCGCCCUCAAUGCACGCAGCCGGUUCCCUCCCCAGUGUACUACUUUCAGCCGUUCUCCUAUACUCUGAAUGAGACAGUUCGACCCUUAGCCUGGUCGUUGCUGUGGCAGCAGGUCGGGAUCGAGAACUAUACGACGACCGGCAUGUACUCGACGACUGUCAGUCCCACACCGGUGCCGACCAGUGCAUUGGUGUUGCCGCCCGCUGACUACUUUGGCCCGACGGACUGCUAUAACUUUCCGGAUGACUUCGUCUUCGGCGUCGCAGGAAGUGCUGCGCAGGUCGAGGGUGCAGUGGGCUUGGAGGGCCGCAGUCCGACUAUCUUGGAGAAACUGGCCAACACGAGUCAGCCAAAGGACUAUGUCACGAACGAGAACUACUACUUGUACAAGCAGGAUAUACAACGUCUGGCGGCGAUGGGAGUCAGGUACUACAGCUUCUCCAUUCCGUGGACCCGCAUCCUACCCUUUGUUCUACCAGGGUCCCCGGUAAACGAGCAGGGCAUCAAACAUUAUGAUAAUCUGAUCAAUACUGUUCUCGACGCUGUCCCGAUCUGGGUUACAUUCAACGAGCCCCUUCUUUACGCGUUCGAUUUCCAAGGCGCCGAUAACGUCGUGCGUGCACACGCGCAGGUGUACCACUUCUACCACGAUGUACUAAACGCAACCGGUAAGAUGGGGAUCAAGUUCAACGACAACUUUGGCGUGCCCCGCGACCCCCAUAAUGCCAGCGAUAUUCAAGCCGCAAACCGCUUCCAAGAGAUGCAGCUGGGACUCUUCGCGAACCCAAUCUUCCUCGGCCAGCAGUACCCGGAUUCAAUCCUGGACACCCUUCCCGGUGCCAAACCCCUCUGCAAUCAGGACCUGUCCUAUAUCGCCAAUACGUCCGAUUUCUUCGGUAUCGACCCAUACACUGCAACGGUCGUCUCCCCGGCCCCAGAAGGUAUUGCAGCCUGCGCCGCCAACGCCUCCAGCGAGCUAUUCCCGUACUGCGUGGUGCAGGAAACCAAGAACAGAUACGGAUGGAACAUCGGCUAUCGCUCCCAGAGCUAUGUCUACAUCACGCCUACCUAUCUACGGGAGUACCUCAACUACCUCUGGAAUACCUUCCGUAGCCCGGUCUUCGUGUCGGAGUUUGGGUUCCCCGUUUUCGGAGAAGCCGAGAAGACGGACCUUUCAGAUCAGCUGUUUGAUACCCCGCGGAGCAUCUACUACCUUUCUUUCAUGUCCGAGAUUCUCAAGGCAAUCCAUGAAGACGGGGUGCAUGUGAUGGGGGCGUUGGCGUGGUCCUGGGCGGACAACUGGGAGUUUGGGGAUUACAAUCAGCAGUUUGGGCUGCAAGUGGUUAAUCGGACGACACAGGAGCGGUAUUACAAGAAGAGUUUCUUUGAUUUGGUGGAUUUUGUGUCGUCGAGGAUGUCGAAGUGA